AUGGCUAUGCCCGUCAGCGGCGCCAAGACCUGCAAUUCUGGCGCCAGAUCCUCCCCGUACCAAUGCACGACGUGCGACCAUGCUUUUUCGUCAAGUGCACAAUUAAGAAGACAUGUUACGGCUAGGGCUUGUGGCGACAAGCUUAAGUGCGGGCACUGCCCGCAACGCUUUGGCAGUUUCAGAUCAACGAGGCUACAUGAGCGUAAGGCGCAUUCCGUGGAGUACGCCAAAGAAGCCGCAGACCUUCGCGAUCCCGUGCCUGAAACAGAGAUCUUUCAGAUCAUGGCCGGGAUCGAGGCCCAAAAUCCAGCGGGUCAUAUUAAUAAACGCAUGGCUGAAGUGACUAGUUUGACGAUAGACCAGAUACGGGGCAAGAGAAGGAAACCCGACUACCAGAAAUAUCUGGAACUGGCAAAGAGGAAACUCCAAGCCCCUGGUAGUCGGAAACCCACACGAUCGGUGGAUACACCAGCCAUUGCCCCGGGUCGCAGCACUACCACGGGUUGCGACGAAGCGCCCAUGUUGGCCUCGCGUAAUAUUCAACAUCCAGCCUCUAGCCAAGGCAGGUUACUUUCAAGCGCCAUCGCAUCACCUUUGCCUCAAGAGGCAGCUGCUAAGCAGAAGCGGCCGAGGGAGAGCUACUCACCGCGAGAGCUCAACCCCGCUAAGAGGAAAUCGCAGCCGGCUAAAAGUCGACAAAACAAGCAGAGGAAUGAAUGCAAUCCUGACGGGACUGAUCCCACCAGUGCGCCGUCUGAGAUGAGGAAACGAAAAAGAGUGGCAAGCCCAAGUGGCUCAGGAAUUCAAACCACAUCAAAAGAACCCGGAUCUGCGGUCAAUAGCCCAAAUGAUCGCCCUGCAACGGAUUCUUCGCCUUCGAAUACUCUAAAGUCGCACCGCGACACUCUUAAUGACGGACCUGGAACCUCCUACAGCCACGCUGUGGCUGAAAGUAGUCCUUGUGCCCACGGGGCAGUGCUGCCCCAGAAGUCACCGAACCCUCCUGCACCAUUGGUAAACCUAAACUCCACUUUUGUCGAGUACCUGCGGGAGGGGAGAGGCGUCUUCACCGAGGCUGGGCACAGGGACAUAAGACGUCUUAUCGAUAUGGCCAUUUUCGGCUCCCCCGAGCAAUUGGCGGUGGCAUUAGACCGCUGGGUGGAGUCGAAGCUUAAUAAAAAGGCCCCAAUUAAUCGAGUACAGAGGAGGAACCAGCAACCCGGCAGGCAUUACAACCAGUCAAAGGGCAGCAGCGGUAAGCGCGCGUCCGAGUAUAAGAAGGCGCAGGACCUAUUUGCGAGGGACAGAUCCGGCCUCGCCGAUAUCGUGUUCGGGGGGCGGAGCAUGUACGAGCCACCAAAGCUACCCACCAUACUUGAGGUGGAGACAUUAUUUGCGGGGAUCUGGGAAUCCCCUGCAGGGACUGAUGAUGAGGCCAUCAGUGAUCCUAAAGCAGCAACAUCAGAGUUUUUUUAUUCCAUCUCUCCUGAUGUCGUCAGUAUGGCCAAGACCAACUGGCAAAACUCGGCUCCUGGCCUCGAUGGCCUUACAAUUGCUGACAUCAAAAAGAUUGACAACAAAGAGUUGAGCAUAGUAUAUACCAUCAUCCUUGGGAGAAAUAUCCACCCUACGACGUGGAAAUACAGUAGGACCGUGCUGGUCCCCAAGGAUGGUGAUAGUGCCAAAGCCGAUAACAAUAGACCCAUUACCAUUGGGUCCUCGCUUCAGAGGCUUAUGCAUCGUAUCGUCAACAACCGUAUUGGGGAGGCAGUCCAACUCAAUCACCAUCAAAGAGGCUUCAAAAGGAUCGAUGGAACGCUGGCGAAUGUUCUAAUUUUAGACCAUUACAUCGGGUCGCGAGUGGAAGCCGGCAAGAGCUAUAAUGUUCUGUCGGUGGACAUUCGUAAGGCCUUCGACAGCGUCUCCCAUUCAUUCAUCAUUAGAGGCCUCGAGAGGGUCGGACUGGAGAAAGAGAUAGUGGAUUAUAUACGUGAAUCCCUCACAAACUGCCACACUGCUAUCAAAGUUGGCAAAGAAUUCUCACGCCCAAUCAAUAUCUGUAGGGGGGUGGAAAAGGGCGAUCCACUAUCUCCUAUUCUGUUCAACAUAGUUGUUGAUGAACUACUAGAGUAUCUUAACCGCAAUUGGGCCGGCGGCACACUCAACUCCGAUGUGAGGAUGGCAGCGAUGGGAUUUGCUUAUGACCUCGUCAUCAUAGCUGAUAGGGUGAACGACUUGCAGGUGAUGCUGGGGGAGGUGGAGUUAUUUUUCCAAGGAAGGCGAAUGAUCUUGAAUCCCAGGAAGUGCAGUGCCUUGUGUGCUGUCACUUCUUCGGGGGACAAGCGGCCCCUCCCCAUAACGAAACCAUUCCUCAGCGUCGGCGGAGUCAAGAUCCCGCAAAUAGACAUGCUCUCCACAUUCAAGUACCUCGGUCACCACUAUGGCGCUACAGGCGUCAGAAAGGCAAACAUUCCAAACCUGCAGGUCUGGCUGGGUAACAUCGAUCGCGCCCCGUUGAAGCCCGACCAGAAGCUUACGCUUCUGAGAGACUUUCUAUUGCCCAAACUUCAGCACGGGCUCCAGUCUCUCAAAAUUAUGGGCGGGGUGCUCAAAGAUGUCGAUGGACAUGUGCGGGGAGCAGUUAAACGCUACUUGCAUAUGUCUAUACACACAACCGACGCAGCCAUCCAUGCUAAGAUCAAGGAUGGCGGAUUGGGCAUCCCGGAGCUUAGAAGGGUGGUGCCCCAAAUCCUCCUUAAGAGGAUAACUAAGCUCCUAGAAGAGACUGGCGACGAGACGGUGUCGUGUGUUAUUCAGUCAGACAGAACAUUGGCGACUUUAAGACGGCUGCAGAAUCUAGCGGGGGAUAUCCCUGCUGAGCAGCUCUGGCGAGAGGCUAUUGCCUCGAAACCGACCACUUCUGGUAUGCAACAUACUUCUGAGGAUGACGCUUCAAGAAGCUGGCUCCGGACCCGCCCUUCAGGUUCGUCCGGUAGGGAUUAUGCCCGAGCUGUUCACUUACGAACAAAUAACCUACCCACCAACGGCCUGCCGUAUAAGCCAGCAGAGCAAAGACUCUGCCGUAAUAAAGGGUGCAAGUGCGUCGAAACUCUUCACCACGUACUUCAAAAGUGCGGCCUUGCUCAUGAGGAGCGAAUUCGUCGCCACAACGAGGUGGCUCGCAACAUCGCAGCCCACGCGGAUGCGGAUGUGCAAAUAUCCUGGGAAGGUAAUGAAGGCUUAGGACCGGCGUGGCAGCGAAAGAAACUUCUUUAUGGCAAUACGAAACUUAUAGAGGCUGCACGACUUCGCUGGCCCGGCAAGUCUUUUGAAUUUUUGCCCAUAACAGUCGGGGCACGUGGCGUAUGGCCACGCUGUAACGAGCCUACUAAGCAUGCUCUUGGCCUGACCAAGCAGCUCAAAGAGAGCUGCGUCCAUAGCGUGCUCAAGUGGGGCUCGAGUAUUCACGCAGCAUUCAUGAGACGCGCCAGGGCCAUCGAAGCACGAACGUAG